UUUGGGGUUGCCGCAAGAAAGAACGAAGCCUCUGAUCGAAAUAAUCUGCCGCCUCCAGGAAAUUGACGACCGCCAUAACCGCCGCUGUGAUUUUUGGUGUCCUCCUCGUCAACUGGAUUCAUUGUUUUAUUUGUAUUCGUCAAAUAAUUGAGGUAACAGGAAUGACGAAUAAGGAAAUCAUCCUGGAGGGAAGUGAGGAAUUCUUGAUAUAGUAACCAUGGUGAGGGGAAUCGCAGCGAUAAUGGCGAACUGAGAAGAGGAGGUUCCGACAUGGGCAACAUAAAGGCUUGGUUCGACACAUUCCAUUUCAUUGUACACAAUAAUGGAUUCGUCCACCAGGCCAAAAGAGGCAAGCUACUUCCGCCUGGCCUCGUUGCGCUAGGCCUAGGAAAUGAGGGACUCAUCCUAGAUACCCUGGAUAAGAGAGGAGAAUACACUGUUGCUGUCAGCUUUGUGAGAGGUCGCCGGAGCAGUGAGAUAGAGUCGCCGGAAGUUUCGCCGGAAAAUCUUCAAAACCUCCAUUACGCUUCGAGGGAUAACGGUGCAGAAUUAUUCCUUGAGGAUCGCAUCGGUGAACCCCAAAUUGCGUGGGACUGGAUCGAGCAGACUGCUCAAGUGUUGGAGGAUCUCAACGUACCCAUGGACAACUACGCUCGACUAGCUUCUCAACUGCUGCGCAAGGAAGCCUACGAGUGGUGGAAGAGGACCGAUGAGAGUGCGGGAACCCCUAAGCCGUGGACAUGGGCACAUUUCGAAUGGGCAUUCAAGUAAGAAUAUAUUCCGAAACGUUUUAGCGAGGAAAAACCUUCAUCGCUGAGCGUGUAGUAUGUUUUACUCCCUCCGUCCCUCAGUUUUUGUCCACUUUCAUUUUUGCACACCAUCCAAUGCACUUCUUUAAUCCAUUUUAUUUUGUAAUUUGUAUAUUAAAAAAUUAUAGAAAUUAUA